AAAAUGGAAAAACCCCGGUAAUUUUCAUGAUGAAAUCAUCAUGAGAACAUCCCUUAUCACAUUCAUUGCUUGGAGAACAAGCAUAAUUCCUCCCACCCACUUCGAUUUCCAUCAAAUUAAACCCAUUUCCGUUCAUACCCAUUUCUCGAAUUCCCUCAAUUCCAGUUCCGUUUUACGAAUUUGAAGGAAAUUUCGAAAAAGCAUGCCCGGUUCUCCUCCGAUUGACCACUCCCAUGGAGAAACCAAAACCACCGGAAUCUAUGGAAGUUCUCUGAGACGCCCUUGUGAUUUCUGCAACAAAUCGACGGCGAUUUUGUACUGUAGAGCGGAUACAGCCAAGCUAUGUCUCUCUUGCGAUCGUGAAGUCCACUCGACUAAUCAGCUUUUUACUAAACACACUCGCUCACUGCUCUGCGAUGCUUGUGAUUCGUCGCCGGCGUCGAUUUUCUGCUCCACCGACGCCGCCGUCCACUGCCAGAAUUGCGAUUGGGAGACGCAUAACAAGACGAAUUCGAAUUCUCCGACGACACACGACCGGCGACCUCUUGAGGGGUUCACCGGAUGUCCUUCUGUUACUGAUUUGUUGUCGAUUUUAGGGUUUGAGGAUUUGAGCAAAAAGGGGGUUUUUCUCGGUGGUGAUGGAGGAUCCGAUUCUCAUGGGUCGGGUGAUGGGUUUCCGGAUUACCUCGUUUGGGAUACGCCGUCGUUUGUGAGCCUUGAUGAUUUGAUUGUUUCUAGUGGCUCUGAUCAUAACUAUCAAGCCAUGGGUGUUCCUCCUUUACCUAAGAAUCGAAAUGCUGCUCUUGGAACGUACAAAGACGAACUUCUUCGCCAGCUUCGUGAAUUGGCGAUAUUUGAACCGAAUGUGGACGAUGGUCAAGACAUGGUUAAACCCAUGAGCGAGUUUCAGCCUACGGUAACUACAGAAAGCAUCCAAAUCGAAGGUAGAAGUUCAGGAUUCGAACAUAAGUUGGAGCAGAAGAUAUAUUCUCCAUAUGAGGCAAAUACGUUUCAAUGGUGCCAUGAUGGUUCUGAUGCUGGGGGUCAAGAAUUUGUGUCUGACCAAUUAGUCGGAGAUAAUGAGACAAACUGCGUAGUUCCUGAUGAAAAUUUAUACAGCGUUCAUAGUUCGAGCCACGCCAAUGCUAAUCAUGAAGGCCGGUUGCAUGAUCAUAACGUUGCUGCGGAAAACGUACCAUUGUUUCCCGUUGUACGUGACAUCAACAGCCAAGAGAGGGAGACCGCAAUUUCGCGCUACAAAGAGAAGAAGAAAUCUAGAAGGUACGAUAAGCAUAUUAGGUAUGAGUCGAGAAAGGUCCGUGCCGAGAGCCGGACGAGGAUUAGGGGACGUUUUGCCAAAUUGGAUCGGUGAAACCAUCGGUGCACAGGUUUGACAUCGGAUCUUUGGUAGAUGAUAGUGUAGAGUUGUGCUAUGGUAAUUGGUAGUCAAAGGCGGUGUUUGAUGCUCCCGAGCGGCAAGCACCGCCUUGGUUUCCGGUUAUCGUGGUUUUCUGUAUAGUUGAUGGCUUCAUCUUGCCUCCUUGGCAUUGGUAAUUAGAUUAGUGUUGUUCGUAAGCGGUUUUCAAGUGUGUUUGUUGCAAGUGUAGCUUGUUAAUCAAAUAAAUGCGAGUUUCCUAGUCGAUUUCUUAA